AUGGACCUCGACGCUGAAUGGGAGACUCGGUACUCCAGCGCUAUGAACGGCUCAAUCAGUGACUUCCGAGAUCUCGUAUCCUCAAACAUCGAUGGACCCAUUCUCGGCGCGACUAAAUUGAAUGGACUGCUGGACAUCAUGGAGAGCCUUUUCGAGCGAUACGCCGACACUCCUUGUCGCAACGUCGAUGACGACGCCGCACUGCUCACUACAGCUUGCGUCGCUCUGUCCCUCCACGUGGAUGCAAAAAUGGUGCCAUAUGAGGAGUCGCGUGGUCUGCUGUGGUCUUGGCCGUCGGCCUGGAAGUUCACACUCCUUUCUAUCUUACCUCUUCUCCACAAUCCGUCGUUGGGUUCGAUUGAAUCGCGUUGCAAGGCGUUUGCGGCUGCCAUCGACCUACUGCAUCAUUUUCAUACAGAUGUCAACACUCUGCGCGCCAUGUUCACCACGCCCGGCCUCGUCGAUCUCGUCUCGAGACUGUGGCUGAUGGAAAUCAGUGACCAUGCUUUCUUGGCCGAUACUCGCUACCGUUUUCACGCGACCUGCCUGAUGAACAUGCUCGUAGAAGAGGCGAAUUUCGACUUCCUGGGUGUCCCUGUGGACUUCUCGGAGCCCCUCAGGUCCAGACGCAUGACAGUGGCGGACACUACAGUCAAGUUCCUGCGCGACGUCUGCUCCGGGGCACCCUACGCGCCGACGCAUGUUUCCAGGAAUAUCCAUAUAGUCACUGUCUUAUCGGAACACGACGAAGAACUCCGUCACGCUUUCCUUGCAGCCAACUACAUUUAUUCGGUUACGAGGGUCCUCGUCAAACUCACAGCUACUCAUCCAUCUGAAGUAGUCGAAGAACCGGAGCGGCAUGGAUCCGCGAUUGAGGCUGCCCUUUGGAAUCUCUGGUUAUUGGUCGGCUUUACAGAUGGCUCGACGUGGGUGAUACAAGCUCUGGAAGCUAAGUUGCUCCUGGGGCUGCUGAGAUGUGAGCCCUGGCUUCCGUACCUGCAAGGCCACGAUGAUGAAUGCUUCUACUCUUUCCUCUUCAAUGUUCUGCCGAGCUACGCCGUUUACCGCUCGGUCCUUUGCGUCAUGCAGAGAUCUUUCACUUGGAUUGUAGAAUCUCAAUUGCAUCUAAGCAGAUUCAGCGACGAUCCGGAGUGGACUGAAGCCUGGGAGUAUUUCAUAUCUACGCUGGAAUCACAGUGGGCGUUGUUAUCGUCAGUCCCCCACCUCCUGCCUGGGUAUGAGAAGUGCUCCAAUGUUGAGUGCACACAAGAAAAGGCUUCUAAUGAAUUCUACAAGUGCAGUCGAUGCCUCUCUGCACAGUAUUGUAGUAAAGCUUGUCAGGAAACGGAUUGGAAAGGAUGGCACAAGGAGGCUUGCGAUAGGAUUCGAAAGGAUCGCAUUGAUGCUUGGCCGCAUAAACUGCCCGCAGAAGAUGCCAAAUUCAUAGAGGUUAUGCUCGAUGUCGAGAGGGAGAAGCUGAAGGACGUCGUCAUGAACUCCUUCUCCGAUAUGGGAAACAACUUGUUGGUCAUGGACAUCGACCUCCAAGUUUAUCCUGCGAGAGCGGAGAUCCGGCACCCAGAGGAGGUGAGAUUCUGCGAGAAACACCAACUACCGCUGGUAGAGUGGUGGAAUGACACGAAGAAGAAGGAUUUGAUGCAUCCUUGCCUGAUGGUGACUGCUUCGAUCCCCCGGGAGUAUCACGGGCAGUUCAUCAAGGUUGUGAAUUACGGCCCGCCGGACAUACACUGGGAUAAACAGGUCGUAUACGGUCAAGGUUGCCCUUGCUGUUCGGGCAUGUAA